GAGCUGCAGCCAGCAGUGAGAAAACCAAUGAUUAAAUGUAUUGAGCGCGUUAAAUCAAUCUCUCUGCGUUAAUGGAAGUUUUACUGUUUAUUUGGGUUAACCUUUUCUAAGACUCGCGCCAGUCUUCGCGCGGGCUACACGGCGAACGGGUUUCCCGCUCUUGACUUUGACACUUCGUUUGGCGGGAAAACUACCAUAGACAACACGGCGCCCAGUGAAAUUUAGUUUUAAUUUCCGGUCAAAACACAUGGAAGUGUAAAAACGGCCAGUAUUUUUUUUGGUUAUUGGUGUUUUUUUUUAAAUAUGAUCAGUGAUAAGAUUGGAUUUAUUGUUGAGAGGAAGGACAAAGAAAAGUGCGGCUACGACAAUGCGGGGUUCAUGUAUACGGAGAAGGAAAAAGUCCCGAAUAAGCGCACAGACGGGAUGGCGAACAUUGGCGUGUCCCAUGAUGUGCUGGUGGAGUCCCGUGACACCGGUCGCAAGCUGCCGCAGUACAUCGCUGCGCUAGCAGCGACCCUAGGCGCGCUCGCGGCCGGUACCAUGCUGGGUUGGUCGUCGCCCGUCAUCUUCAAGAUUAAACAGGAGAACAGCACCGACUACGACUUUUCAGUCUCCGAGUCGCAGGGCGACUGGGUCUCCUCCAUGGUCAACCUAGGCGCUGCGGCUGUUUGCUUCCCCAUAGGCCUCAUAAUGGACUCUAUAGGCCGGAAGAAAACCAUGUUGUGUCUAGUAAUACCCUUCACUAUCGGCUGGCUGCUGAUCAUCUUCGCUUCGAACAUAGGUAUGCUGAUGGCGGGUAGAUUCAUCACCGGCAUAGCCGGAGGAGCCUUCUGUGUCACCGCGCCGGCGUACACUAGCGAAAUCGCACAGGAUUCCAUCAGAGGAACGCUCGGAAGCUUCUUCCAACUGAUGAUAACUGUCGGUAUCCUAUUCGCCUACGCCGUGGGAAGCUACGUCUCGGUACUAGUGUUCAACGUUCUCUGCGGCUUAAUCCCUAUCAUCUUCGGGGUUGUCUUUUUCUUCAUGCCAGAGAGCCCAAACUUUUUAGUCGUCAAGAAUCGCCCCGACGAAGCGCGUGACGCCCUAAUCCGACUCCGCGGCAGGAACUACGACGUUGACACGGAGUUGAACAACAUGCGAGCGAAGGCUGAAGAGUCGAGAAACAACCCAGUGUCUUUUACCAACGCUAUCACUAAGAAGACUGCGUUGAAGGCUCUACUGAUCUGCUACUCGCUAAUGUUACUCCAGCAACUGUCCGGAAUCAACGCCGUGAUCUUCAACACGUCGGACAUCUUCGCGGCGGCCGGCGCGGCCAUCCCGGCGGCCAUCGCCACCAUCAUCAUCGGCAUCAUCCAGGUGGUCGCCACCCUCACGUCCAGUCUCGUGGUCGACAAACUUGGCCGACGAAUCCUUCUGCUCCUGUCUGCACUGGUCAUGUGCCUGUGCUCGACCGCUCUGGGCGUAUUCUUCUUCUUGCAAACGAUUCAUGGAGCGGACGCGCCGAUAGUGCAGCAGAUCUCGUGGCUACCUCUGCUGGCGCUGUCCCUUUUCAUUAUAGCGUUCUCGCUCGGAUUCGGACCUAUUCCCUGGAUGAUGGCCGGCGAGCUGUGCACCAUCGAUAUCAAGGCGUUCGUCGGCUCGACCGCGGGUACCCUUAACUGGUUGCUCGCGUUCACCGUGACCAGCACCUUUAAUUCCCUGAACGCUUCCAUCGGCCGAGGACAGGUGUUCUGGCUGUUUGCGGGCAUCAUGCUACUCGGAUUUGUAUUCAUCUUCUUCAUUGUGCCAGAGACCAAGGGCCGUAGUGAGGACGAGAUCCAGGUGCUGCUCGGCGCGGAGCCGCGGCAACGCGUUGAGGAGAAGAAAUAAAUAGACUGAGUUCACUAUUUUGUACUAACUUGAGGCGAUUCACCGUCGAAGACCGCUCUUAGUUUGAAUUAAUUUCUAACCUCGAAAUGCUUUUGGAUGUAUUGAACUAUUCUUAUUAAAAAACAAUCCCAGAUGACCAUGCUAUGUUAAAUGUUUUGUCUCUAAGUGUAAUGGGAAAUAGCAUAUAGCUUAAGAAAAUACAUUUUGAGGUUAUGAUUUUAUCAGACGUGGGUGGUUAGCUUCUUUGGCCAAGAAUGUUUUUAGUAACGUUUAUUUAUUCUGUGCGAGUACCAAAGACUUGUCCCCUUGGCCCCUGCGCCGCGGCCGCUUAAUUAAGUCCGAUGUUGAAUUUAUUUAGUUUUAAAGUAUUUAUUAUUGAAAUACAUAUAUAUAGUGUAUGUUGUUUGAAUGUUUGGCAGCUUGCUGUUUGUGUCAGUUGUGUGGUGUGUAAUAUGAAAUUCGUAUAUAAAGUAAUUUUUUUCUCUGGUCUUGUUUGGUUGUUAUCUUGUUACUAGCCUCAAAAAGCAAUACUUUUGUUAAUUCAACUAGUUCUUUGUGUGUCACUGAGCUGUGUAUAAAUGAGAAAAUAGCUGUUUUAACCAAACACUAGCCAAGGAACGUCCAUUUUGAGGUUAAUUGUGUUUCUAAAUAAGUCAAGUAAAAGAAAAUGUGAGAACAUUGACAGAGCAGAAUUCUAUAGGCAUAAUUUUAUUAUACGUGACGCAAUUUUUUUAUAAGGAAUUUUACUUACCUUUAUAUAUUAUGAAAAAGAAAACUAGGUACUGAAGGAAUUUAGUAAUAGUUUUUGCGUUAAGCUAAGCUUUAAAAGACCAACGACAGGCCGUAGGAAUCAUUCCAUACCACCUCGUUGUUACAUCAAGGCGAUAUUGUACUGUACAUUCAUAUCAUCAAAUAUCAAUACAGAAAUAUGUACAUAUAAUCAGUAGACCCACUAGUGUUGUAAAUUGUAACAAUAUGCAAAUUAUAAAAUCCUAAAAAAACGCUAUGAAUGUUCAUUGUAGUUUUUUUAUAUAAAUAUAGAGGAAAGGUAUUGUUAUAAUAAUAUAUUUUGAGAUAAAAUUAUAUUUCAAUAAUGCUAAUAGGGAAAUAUUUAAACCUUAUAGUGUAAUGAAGGAAGCGAAAGAGGUAUGUCAGGAUCGUAAAAAGUGGAAAUCCGUGGUCUCUGCCUAGCCCUCCGGGAAAAAGGCGUGAUUAUAUGUAUGUAUGUUAUAGGGUAAUGUAUUAAUGAUCACAAGUGAUUGAUAUUAUAGUUAUGUAAUUUAUAUUAGUAAUAUUAUAAUUAAUUUUUUGUGUCUAAAUAUUAUAUAAACUGUGUGUUGCCGCUUUUAUCUAAAAGUGAAGAAAAGAAAAUAAAAACACGUCUAUGGCGCUAUACGGGCAUACACCCAACUACUAAAUAAAGCGGUAGAAUGUGCUCAAAGAGGUCUUUUGGUCCUUGUUUCACACUAUUGUGCAUUUGAGAAUUUUAACAUGUUGUCUAUGUAAAAAUUAGCCAAAGAGUCAAGAUCAACUUUGACUUUAUUUUACAUCAUUAUUAGUAUUUAUUUUCUUUUUAUCAUACGUAAUUUUUAUCUUGACUCAAUGGCCGAAUUUAAAAAAAAUAUUUAAUGGUAUGUUUAAGAAUUACUAUUUAAAUCGAUGUUCGUUUUAGUUGCACAAUUGCCAAUACAAUUUGCCAUAGCAACAAACACUUGCAAUUUGAACAUGUGUAAUAUUUUAAAAGUUAUGACAACGAUUUCAUACUUUUGUACUUUGGUUUGAGUUAUUCGCCUAAAUUUUGAGAUUUAUUUGCGAGUUACUUUAGCGUUAAUAUUAAUUUGACUAUACCUGCGUUAGUAACUGCAUGCUGUGAGUUAAUUUAAUUAGAUGUAAGUUAACUACAAUUUAUUUACAAAAUUAAAAUGUUGAAUAUGAAAU